CAUCUGCAUUAUUGCUCAAGGCGCUACAUGGAUAUAAAUUAGAAGAUUUACCUUCAGACGCCAAAGGCCAUAUGUAUACUGCUAUUACGUCUUUAGUCCAGAAUAAUGCCUUUCAGAUGAAAUUUGAUUGGCUCAUUAUUUUUACAAUUGCUUCUGAAGUCGAUCCUAAUUGUAAUUUCAUUGAACACUUAAGAGCUCUAAAAUAUUCUAAUGAAAAUUUGUUAGCGAAGUUUAUAAAAGAAGCUGAAAUGAUUAUUAGACCUAGUAUUAAUAGUAUUGAAUUUGAAACUUACGUUAAACUUGCCAAGUGGUUGAUUCAAUUAUGUCAUAAUAUGGAUUCUCUUUUUAAACUUUGGGAUGAUGUUCUUUUACAUAAUAAUAUGUUUGACGAAAGAGUUUCUAAAUGUUUUGCCGAACGAGUUCGAGCGAAUAUUUCUCGUGGUGAAGCUGUAGCCUUGGAAUACCACUUUAAAAGACUUCCAAAAGAUUAUCGAGACCGUGUCUCUGAAAUUUUCCGAGAUCAAGUUAUAUUUUUACUUGAAAGUCCAAAUAGAAAGUGGACAUACGAAAACAUCAAUGCUAUUAAAAAGUUACUUCAUGACAAUAGUCUGAAUUGGCGCAGAGAUGAUGUAAUUCAAUCAUUAGAGUUAAUAUCUCAGUCACAUACUUUAGAAUUAUUAAAUAUAUUUCCAGAAAUUUUGGAUGAUUGGUUCCAUAGUGAUUUUUCAGAUACCAAAGAAAAAAAGAUACCAAAAAUUUGUGUAAUUUGGUUUAAAAAUCUUUUACUCAAACUUGAUACAAACACAAACAAUAAAAAAUCGUCAAAUGAGAGCAAUUUUAUUUUUUCGGUAUUUCAACAAUUAGAACUUAUGCAUCCUUUG